CGGUACUAUAUUGUAUACCAUAAACAACGAUUCGUAGCACCACUAUCACUGAAGGCCAAGAUGGAGGAAGAACUUCCGUCAGGAACAGACAACAUAGUGACAGAAUAUAACACGUACGAGGACUUCUUAGAUUCCCAGAUCACGUCCCUGGAUCUUUAUUACCUGGAGGAUGAGGAGCUAGCGAGGCAGUUGGUGGAACUAGGCUACCGCGGCAGCGGGGAGGUCCUGAAGCGAGAGGAGUUCGAGGCUAGGAAACAAGCAGCCGAAGCCAGCAGACUGUCCAAACGAAGCCAGCAAAAGGCCUUGGCUAGCUCUGGAAAGGACUUGAAGAACCCAUUUCUUAAGUGUCUGGCUCAGAGAGAAGAAGCGAAUCGCAGUGGCAAGAUGACAACUAUCAUAUUCAUCCGUGACUUCAACACUCGUGGUCAGGAGAUCUCUGGCUACAUUGACUAUGCCCACCGGUUGAAGACCGAGGACUUUGAACCGUAUUUCUCCGGGAAGAAAAGGCUUCUGCCUCGGCCCUCUGAUCUCAGCUUCUACAACUGGGAGACUCAGACAUCCACCUCCAACCCCACCCCAAACUACCAGGUCAUUGCAGAAAGUGCAUCUGGCCUGCUGUUCAAAAACAAACGAGAUCGCAAGAUUUUGAAUGUGGAUCCCAAGGCAGCCUCUCCAGGGGACAACUCCACUCGAACCGUGGUUGACAGUCCGCAGUACACGCAAGUGGUCAUCUACGACCACAUCACUCGCAGAAAGACUUAGAACUCAGUCAAAAACUUUUGUUAAAUCAGUGAUAGCCUUUUUACUUUCAACUGACCACUGUGUUAUCCUGUAGAUUCCCUUUGAUGUAUACCUACCUACCUACCUAGUCCCUAAUGAUGAUGUAUAAAGUGUACAAAACCAUGAUAUAAUUUUCAGCUUAAAAACAAGAGAGGAAGACCUACUUGUUUGACUGGACAAAGUUUUGUUGCCGAUAAUGAUUUUGUCACUUCUAAGACUAAGAUGAAGCAUUAGCUUGAAUGUUUUCUUUUGUUGGUAGAAGUCUGAUUCUGAAUCAAAUUUGUGAUACAAAAUAAAGAUGGGACUUUUGCCUGUUGUACUGAUAA